GUUAUGUUGCUAAUAUGUCAUUAUGUCUACAUGUUCACACUACAAACAUAACGUCCUCUUUAGGUCGAGAUAACGUCAUUUUUAUGUCGUUCGUGACGAUGUCGUUAUGUCGUUAUGUCGCUAGUGUGAACCAGGCUUUAGACUGCUGGCAGUCGUCAGACAGGUAUUUAUACGCAAUAGUGUGGUGCUGUGGCUUUAAAAUUAUUGAGAUACACUGUUUAGAAACGAGAGAACGGCUCCAUGUGUUAAGAUAAUUUAUAUACAGAUUACAUCUAUUGAAUGAAGUUGACGAAACUGCUUUUGACUCCAGAUCACGAUUGAUUGCUUUGCAUGAGAGUGGCCCGCCACUGAGACGCCCCUCCCCCCCCAGGCGCGCGCAGUUUAUGCGUGUCCUCCACCCCUUUCCCUUUUAUCUCUUUUCCAUCGUUAUGCAAUUUGCAGUGAACAGAUUGAAUAAACUAUCCCCACGAAUGGGAGUAUAUAAUUUUGCCCGGAUUUUAACAUCAUUCACAACCUGUUUUAUUAGAUUUGUUCUGAUUAUUAGUCUUGCCAUCUAUUAGGCAAACCUUGCAGGCAUAAAAUAAAAAUAACUACGCACUGCUUUGUUGCGUGAAUAAAAGCUUAGCUGUUACAACGUUAGUCACGAGUUGGAGAACAGAUCGUAUGAUCGAUUGCCUAACAAAAUAAUUAACUUAGAAUGGAAAUUUUUCCAAGUCAGGUGGAGGCGAUGACGUAAAUCGCAAAUCAGUUGAACAUUGUUUUAAUUGUUUUUCUGCGCCGCGUGACGAGAGUUUAUUUUCACUACCCGUCAAAACAACGAUAAUCUUACAGAAAAAAAUAGUCAAAAAUAAAUUUGCCUGUCCUCGUGGUUAUCGCCCGAGGGUACAUGUAUUAUGUUCAAUAACAAAUUCUGUUGGUUUCCUCAGUAAGGGGGCAGUGAGGUUCCCUUGUAACACAAUGACAUGUGAUUCAUAGAUUCCCUUAUCUUUCCAAAAUGUUCAUUAUUGUGUUACGAGAAGUAAAGAAGGUACGUAAGGUCUUUUGCAGGUCAAAUCCACUGGUUUUCCAAGCUAAUAAGAGAAAAUAAUGUGUAUAGCGUCUUAGACACUUCUUAGACAAAGUAGCUCACCUCCCCUGUGGAGCACUCUUGUUCAUCAUAUGACUAUGCACGUGACAUUGUGAUGAUAAAAGCCGCGUAUAUAAAAUUUCAUUACAGCACUCGGUUAGAAAUGUUCGUAGAGGGAAGGUGAAAGAGUCUGAGGCACUAGACUUAUCAAUUUGAAACAACAAUACAACCUUCUUGCGAUCAGAGCAGAAACUGCUUGGCGUUCUAAACGAGUUUGCCAGCUAAAGAGCUAUCUCUUGUUUUCGUGACAGGUACUACGUCGGCUAGUGGUUUCUUACUAUAACUAAGAUUGCAGUUCUUUCAACUUUUUUUAGUCAUGGACCAGUGUACUGAAGUGAAGCCGAAGCUGACCUGGAGAACUCGAAUAUGCUACGGAGUUGGUCAUAUUCUUAACGACCUUUGUGCCUCUAUGUGGUUUACAUACUUUCUUGUCUACCUUCACAAGGUCGUCGAGUUUUCGAACGUGGCCGCAGGAACUCUGUUGUUGAUCGGACAAGUCGCCGAUGCUCUGGCCACCCCGUUUGUUGGAGUGGAGUCCGAUAAAACUGGCGAUUGUAAUUACGGCCGGAGAAAAGUGUGGCAUCUUGUCGGAGUUCUGUGUGUUGCUGGUUCGUUUCCGUUCGUUUUCAACCUCUGUAUCAACUGCGAAGGUGCUUCCUCUUGGGCCUUAUUCAUGUACUAUGUUCCCUUUAUUGUGAUCUUCCAGUUUGGCUGGGCUUCCACGCAGAUCUCUCAUUUAAGCUUGAUUCCAGAGCUGACGGAUAACGAGAACGAAAAAGUCACUUUGAAUGCCAUUAGAUAUGCUGCUACAGUCUCAUCAAACAUUUUUGUAUUCUUGGUAACUUGGCUUCUUCUAAGUACAGAAGGCAGAGGAUCAGAAAAACUUACUCCUUCUGACUCCACAGCUUUUAUGUAUGUUGUAUUUAUUGUGGUGGGUACUGGUCUUCUAUUCAUGCUCAUUUUCCAUAUUGGAUUGAAAGAGCCGCCAAGAAGUUGUACAUAUUUAUUUGCAAGGGAAGGAAGUAAGAGGAGUGCUGGCAACUGGAAACACUGGUUUAAGGAAAUCCAGUUCUAUCAGGUGGCUUUGCUGUACAUGUGUACUCGUCUUAUUGUUAAUAUUACACAAGUGUAUGUCCCAAUGUACACUCUGGAAACACUGUCCCUCAACAAGGACACCAUUGCCAAAAUUCCCUUAGUUAUCUACGUCAGCGGUUUCUUGUCGACAUUUCUUUCAAAACCAUUGAAUAAUCGCAUAGGAAGGAAGGGAACAUUCUUUCUUGGUCUACUUAUGAUAGCAGGAGUGAGCACAUGGAUGUGGUUCAUUCGUAAGCACAACUACAAAGCUACAUAUGGGGCUGCAGCAUUAUUAGGUGUCGGUGGUUCAACACUUCUUGUUACAGCUUUGACUAUGUUGGCAGAUCUUAUUGGAGAGAAUGUGGAAACAGGUGCUUUUGUUUAUGGAGCCAUGAGUUUCACUGAUAAAUUAUCCAAUGGAGUUGCCGUUCAGCUGAUUCAGAUAUUUCAUCCAUGUAACAAGAUAGGAAACCAUGGACCACAGCACAGUUCUUGGAGUGGAAAUACGACAGCUUACCCACAAGGAACCGGACAUGGACAUCCACACAUAACUUGCUGUUCAGCUUGUGAUCUGUACUACAGGGAGAUCAUGGUGUUUGUUGCUGGUGGAGCCACCAUUGUUUCAUUUCUGGUUCUCUUGACCAUGGUAAAGACAAAAAUAGGCGAGUUUAAAGACUCUGGAGUACUGGACCCAAAUGUUCAAGACAAGCUCCUCUGCCAGAGCACUCUAGGGAGUACAAGCGUGGCAAGAUCUAUUGGAGCUCCUAAAUCUCCGUGCCUCAUCUACGAGCCCGCAGCUUCGCCAAAGUACGGGUCAAUCCAAGAUUCACCGUGCUCGAUACAGGAAGAUCUUUCAAAUUCAUGUAGGAAGUCUGAAAAGAAAUGCGAGCGGUGACGGCAGGCUGUUACUGCCUCAGAAAAUUAAGUGUCUGACUUAAAGACUAAGGUGUCUACCUGGAAGAUUUCCGGUGCCCUCCUCAAAGACUGAAGUUGCUUCUCUAAAGACUAAAUUUUUCAGCCUUGUACAGAGAUAUUGAAAUGGCUGAAGUAAGACUGGGACCCGCUCCACGUCACUGAGGCUUUCCGGACAUGUCCGAAUUGUGUUUGGGCGCUGAGACGUGCAAGCUAUUCCAUUCUGUAUCGAAUGGGAGAAAGUUAAUCCAUGACACCAAGAGUAUGAAAAUUGCUUUUAUUACGAACGUUAUCAGUUCGAUUCAAAAAUGGUCCGAGAUGGAGUUUUGAGUUGUAAUAUCGAUUUCGAGUUGAAACGUGAUACUCCGAUUAGAUUAAUGAGCCCUCUGGCUAGACUGAUUAGGGUUAGGGUUGGCUUUCAUUUGUAGGUUACGGUAAACCCUUUACAUGUAUAUCGUCAUAAAACAGGGGCUGUAAAUCAAGGUUUUCACUCCAACUGGAACUCGUGAUUUAAUCUCAAACUCGAAACUCAUCUCGAGCUCAUAAAUUUAACAACGUGGCAGAAAACAAAAAUAAACUGAAAGUUAAAUAGCUUAACCUGCAAUAUUCAAGAAAUCAAGUUAUUGUCUCGGUCAGGGGUACUGAACUUUCAAAGACAAAAAAAACAAUUCAAAGCAACUGUUUCUUACCGAACCAAAAUUAUACUGUUAAAGACAAGAUAAAUUUUUAAUAGCUAACAUUUUUGCCGUUGUGCAAAACCAUUAUUGAACUGAAAAAGAGGUUUUUCUAAAAAAAAAACUAAUAUAAAUGCCUGUAAAAACUAUUUUCCGGAUGGAAUUUUAGAGGUUAGUAAAUUUAUAUUUAAAUGAGAACGAUAAAACUAUAUUUAAGUGGUGAUUGGAAAGAGAAGAACUCUUUCAUUCUACCACUGAGAAAUGAUAUAAGCAGCAACUCUGUACAUCAUUGUUUGAAAAGAACACGAAUUACAUUGCAUAUAUUUACUUUAAACAAGCCAGGAAAAGAGAUUGUACGUUUUUAUCCAAGGUAAAUACCUAACUGUUUUUGAAUUUGAUGAGAAGCAAGUAUAAUCGCGUAUUCUUUUUGCCCAUGGACUGUCCAUGUGCUAAGAAUACGAAACAUGCUUACAGCUUUAUAAUUAAGUAUAAUUAAGUUUUUAGGGAUAGUUUUGUAAUGGAUGUGUGCGCUAUGUAAAUGAACUAUUAUGAUGAUGAAUGGUUUUGGCUGUUCCCCGGUGUAUUAUCACUUUUGUAAUAGAAACACAAUUUAACUAUUUCAAGAUAACAUGCGAAAACGGAAUUUUCCUAAUACAAAAUACGUAAACUACACAGUCAGAAUGUUUUUCGUACUUAAUGAAAGAGAAUUGACGUGGAUCGAGAAAGUGAUGAAACUUGCGUCGUGUGGGGUUUUUGUCAUAUUAGCGUUCUUCAUGAGUACGGAUUUUCCUUUAGACGUUCAUUACAUUGGGUGUUCACGCGAUACUGUGUGACGUUUCGUGACAACUCGAGUAACGGCGAAAGAGACUAAACUGGAAGGUGCGGUUGGUGGAGGUUGUUUUAUGUGAAACGACUAUUUGUUAGAAAUAAAUGUUUCAAAUGUUUA